CUUCGAACGGUCGGCGUUUAUGGGUGCGGCGGUCUCUGAAAAGAAGGACCAACGUCCGUGCUCUGGCUCUCUUUCAGCAUCCAUCGGGAACACGUCGGUCGAAUCCUGCACGGAGAUGCGGACGGACUGGAUGCACCGGCGCAACCUUACGAACUCACGUGCGCUCGAAAAGAAUUCUACACCUGGUUACAAAAAUCAUCGAGAGUUGGUUCGAAGCCGCGUUGCGACGUUUUCCCCGAACGUUUCGAAGAGAUUCGCCAUGGGCAACCGAUCCAUUAGCCGUCACUCGCGGGUCGGGGCAAAAACUUUCAAGGUCCACUGUACCCGGUCUAUCGCCUGGAUGAAAGAGAGACAAUUUAAUUCAACGCCAGGCGAUCGCAGGUGCGUUGGCCUGCCUGUAGCCAGCCAGCCAUCUCUCGCCGCGCACAGAUCUUGGGAGGUAGAUAUUACUCCUCGGAGCGAGGUGAUGACAGAUCCCUGGAUCGAUGAGUGGUUCGCCGGACGUGAUCUGGCUGCGCGAUUACACCUCCUCGUCUCUAAACAGAAUCACUUCUUCCCACAUUCAACUCCGUACCCCGAAGAUAACCGUAUAUUUCUGUCCCUCGACCACCUCCGCCCUUUCUUCUUCGUCCACUGCCUACGUAAACCGACCGACGUGUCUGCGUUAUGUUAAAUACGUAUGGUACGCAACCUGUUUGCCGGGCGUUGUGGUUAUCUCGCCGAAUGUACCCGACAAAUUAAACCUAUUUACUACAGUUUUUAUCUCCCGCAGCUUCUCCGGCUGGCACUUGACGAGCCUCCGAUUUCUCCGGCGUCCCAUCGUCCGCCUCGCCACUCGCGAUCGGAACUCGUCGCUGCCGAUGCGGUCCGGUAGUGCCGAGGAGUUUGUUCCAGAGAUAACGAUGCACUGCCUACAUGAGCGCGAGGAAUCGUCAUGAGAGUAAAAAACACAGAUGAGCGAGGGAGGACAUCCGAGAGAGAAGAACCGCUUGUCGCGUAGCGGACGCGACACUCUCGGGUGCCUUUUCAUCGCCCACGUCUGUAUAUUCCCCGCGAAUUCCCGCAUUUCUCGGCUACUCUCAUCCUCAGCCGUGACUUCUCAGCCACCCUUACGGACC